AUGUCUGGUAAUGAUGCGGACCAACGUAAAUUGCUAUAUCAAAAGUAUGGCUACGAGAUCAAUAAACUAAUAAGAGACCAUGAAAAAUUCGAGUCCAAGAUUGAAUUGUCUGAUGGAUUUAAUGUUAUCGAUGAAGAGCCAGAUAAACAGGAUUAUCAACAGUUACUUUUGACACAGAAUAAACCACAAGCUCCCACUAUACAAGGAGGCAAAAGAAAAAAGAGUAACAAUCAAGGAUUUAGAAACUUCAUCAAAGUAUCUUUAUCAUUCCGCAAUCGAGAAGAUUCAAUUAAACGACAAGAAUCAAGUUGGUUAUUAAAAGAUACUUUGAAAUCAAUCAAACAUAGAUCUCAGAAAUUAGAUCCUUUCAUCAAGAAAUGGUUUACUCCUUCAAUCAAAUCCCAAUGUUUCAUGCUCCGAUUUAUUGAAUUUGGCCAAACUACACCACCAGGCGGGGGCGGUGACGGUGACGGUGACAUCACGGCUAUAAUGAGUGAUGCCACGCAUAAAAUCGCCGUUAUUUUCCCGCGUAAAUCCAUUUUCCAAUACUUGGCUCGGGGGAAUUUACCCUUUAAUGAUGCAUAUUCCAUAAACAACUAUAUGCUCAUACGGCAAGCCCAUUUGAAAUUUGUAUCUCAUGAGUUUAUGUCGACCCAUUUCAAUUUGGAUCUAGAUAAAAACGUGAGGUAUUGUGUUUUACAAGUUUUACAAUUCGAAUUUAUGUAUAGUGUCGAGUAUUUCUUGGCCAAUCGGGUCGAGGGGGCUCCUCCUUUGGAAAAAGUUGUUAAUGAGAACGGAUCACAGUAUGAGGUUUAUGAUCAAGAAGACUUCGAUCUUGGUGGGGGGAUCAAUAGUGAUUGGAAGAGUACAGGAGUGCCGAAGUUUGACAAGUUGGGAUUGAAGUUGAUUUAUAAUAAUGAAUUUUACCGGAAAUUGUGUCGCUUGAAGAGGCCAAGUGGGGAGUUGCUUCAUUGA